UUUAUUUCUCCUGACAAUUAGUAUCUCUAUGGUUCAUAAUUCUGCAGAAAAAUAGUAAUUACCUGAGAGACAAAUGAAAUUGGAUGCUCAUGUGUUUUAUAAGGUGAAAGUAAUUGUACUGAAAGAUGAAUUUUCUAAAGAGAUCUAUGCUUAUCCCAAAUAUACUGAGAAGAAAUAUUUUCGCAACAAGUUAUUUGCGAGCAAUUAAGAACCCAUGCCCUCCUUCCCCCACUAAUGAAGACUUUCAAAAACUAAUUGUGCGACCCCAAUUUAAACGACUGAAGGAUAAUCAGAAGAAGUUUCAGGUGGAUGAUGGGCUACCAGUUUGGUUGAAGGGAGGUUUUAAAGACAAGCUGUUAUUUCAGAUAACAAUUAUUGGACUUCUUGUAUGUUUAGUAAUGUCAGGUCAAGUUUUGUAUGAGUUAACGACGAGAUGAAGUAAUGUAAUAUUUCAAAUUUUCAAUUAAAUAUAAAUUCCAUCAAA